AAGUCGUGCCUUCGCUCGUCGUCCGCUGCUGCAAGAAUGUCCAGUUCGUUUGAUGUUUAGUGUAAUCCAUUGUCCACCGCGUGUUGCGAAAUAACAAUCUCCAAUCGCAUGCCUCUACGAUUUGAUGGCAAUUUCGGUGAAAUGAAAUCUCGUAAUUUGACGAUCAACAAUUUGUUCCGCGUAAAUGUUUGAGUGUGUGCGUGUGUGUGUAUCGUCGAACAACUGAAAUGGAAUAGCGUCGUACGGAGCGAAAGUGUCAAUGCGCAAGAUGCUCAGCUACGCGCACUUGCAGUAAAUUAGUCAAGUGACAGAGGAUUCAGGAAAUUAGUGUAUCUUGUAGCAAAAAUGACCGGUUGAAAAACAUUUAUUUGUGAAAGACAUUUUGCCUCAAUUUUGUCUUCGUCGUCGUCGUCGUUUUAUGUUCAGCAGCGUAUUGUGUAUAAGUUUGUGUAUGUGUUUGUCCGUCAGUUCGAGCGAGUGAGGGAGAAAGUUAGUUCGAGCGAAGUGCAGAGAGUGAAUGAAAAAGAGAGCUACACUGAGAUCGCAGCUGGCGUAGAAACGACGGUUGACGGACGAAAGGAGGCAAAAAGGCGCAAGGAUCUAUCGCAGCACCCAAUGGAGGAAGCGCAGCAGCAACCGUUACGGCCCUCUUUUCCCCCGGCUGGGGCGAAGUGGCCUUUCAAUGCGAGCGGUGGCGAAGGAGGAAACUCGUUCGGGCAGGACAGUGGUUACACCUCGUACCAUUCGACGACCCCAAACAACACGUUCAAUCUGUCCACCCGCCAUGGUGCCUCCGGUACGCUGGCCACCAUCGAUGAGGCCAACGAGGGGGACUGCAGCAUGAACGACAGCGGUGGCUCCUCCGCGCUGGGACCGAUCGGUUCGAACAUUCUCACGCCGAAGACGGCCGCCAGUAUCGAUCAGAUCUCCAACUUUCAUCUCACGACGCCGGAAAGCGUUCCGAUGCGUCCCAACCGACGCCUUCGGCGUGGGCCAUUCGAUUUUAGCGAUUGCACGGGCGGAGGGGCGGGCGGUAGUUCGGAGAGUUCUUUCCUGGCUCCAUGCACCCCGGAACGGUUGCCACUGUCCCGGUCGGUUUCGUUCGAGUCCAACGACACGCCGCUGCGGACCGGCAACCGCUCGAACCAACAACUUCAACUGACGCCGCAUAAACCCAAAAGUGGCCACUCGAUAAAGCGCAAGCUGUCCAGCAACCGCGGGAAGCUCUACUCCGAUGGCGACGCGUUGCCGGAAGAAGCCAGCGACGAGAACCGCAACGAGAAUGAGCUGAACGAUUCUCUCGACUGCAAGCGCUUGGACAUCUCGCCGAUACCGAAGGUGAAGCGCCAUAAGCCAAACGAACACAUCAGCCAUGUGAUGCGCUCCAGCACUCCCAAGACUGCGAGCUCCAAGCCUCGGACCCUGUCGGUGGAGAAUAUUGAUUCGGAGGCCCCAGGCAAUAGGGACAUUGCACCCGCACGCAAGCUGCCCCUUCGAAAGUUUCAAAGCUUCAGUCCGAGUAAGAUUCAAUACAACCGUCAUAAAUCCUCAUUCCGCUUAAGACAAGAGGAUGCUCGUGGGUCGCCCGUGGGAAAUCGGCUGGUAGGGCGCAGGGGUGAUGUCCCGAUGAUGCGCAAGGAUUUACCGCUCGAACUAACCCCGACGAAAAGAAUCGAUGUCCACCCGAUAGACGGGUACGUUACACCCUCGAAGGUACAGCGGGUGCUGGUUGAACUCGACCCGCAAGCUCCGAUGAAUCUGGCCGGAUUAAUAAAUGGCCCAAUACUGGAGGAUCCCACCACACAGCAGCUACCGCCCGCUGACGAGCAGCUCGAGCAUGCCGUUAUCACUGUUCCCACGUGCGAAGACUUUAGCAUUACACCCGCGAAGGUGAACCUGAACGAUCCGGAACAGUCGUCGUGUGAUGAAUCGUCCCUAUCGUUCCCUUCCGAUGACUGCGUGGCACGCCGUGCCUCCAACUUCUCCUACGGGCCGACGCUGAAUUCGAUUAUAGAGGAAGAAUCGCCAACCCGGGCGCAGGAUGGUGGCAUCGGUGCUAAAUUCCCCAGAACACCUCCGUCGAGCUGCAAGUCUUCUUCCGGUCGCAUACCGAAGCGCCUCGGUACGAACAGCAGCAGUGGAAGUCUCAAAUCCCCGCUGUCGAAGGGCACCCGCGUUGCCGCUUCACCGGAAGCGCAGAGCAAACCGAACACCAGCUUACAACCGAACUACUACCCGGGCAUGUACUGCGGCCGGGAGCACCUGAACGUGCUGAAGCGACUGUACGAGAAAAAUCAGGACUCCCUGCACAUCCUGCUCGACUAUCUGACCGACGAGGAUUUGGUUCAGGUGGUCAAGGUUUCGAACAACUGGAAGAAGAUCAUUCGGGACCUCGAACCACCGAAGCAUUGGCAGCGGCUGCUGAAAUUUCAAGCGCUCCAGACGGAGGACAAGGAAAACUAUCGGGCCAGGUGUAGUCUACCGAUUUUGCCACAGGUCAAACUAGGCGUGCCCUCACCGGGACUGUUGAUAGCAAGCCACAGGUCGGGAUCGUGCGAUGGAACCAAAGCCGCCGAUCUCGUUAACCUCACUCCCUUAGUCGAGCGUCUCCCAGGGGCUGCCCAGCCCCAGGACGAGUCCUCCGUCGUGAAGCGCCAACCGUUCAAGAUCUGCAACUCGCGGGACACCAGCAUUAGCAUUGGCAACUGUAGCACUCUUUACACCUCGUUCGGGUCCGAAGGCUAUGGAAAUGUUACGAUGCCAGAACGGCGCCGACGGGCAAGCGCAACUGCGAUUCACUCACCACCGGUCAGCCCAUCGAAGAUCAAGUUUGUCGCCAAUCAGAAGGUUGCAUCGCUUUUGAAACCAUCGGAGCAGAUACGGUCGUGCCCACGCUGCGGCAAACCGAGCCGAGUGAUUUUUGCGACCAGUUCCAAAAACGGGCAAAACAAAACUCGCGCCCGUGGUGCCGCCGUCGCUGCUCGCCUAGAGAAAUCGUACACACUGCCGGACCCGGACAUCAACAACGAAUUUACCGGGUCGAAACAAAAUACUCUUCCUUUGGCUGGUUUCGGUGAAGCCAGCCGGAACAACAAUGAUUAUUCAGCGAACGCCAGUGGCCACAAGCCGACAAAUGAUUCGCCAGACCGUGUGAGGAAGAAUCUGUUCAAGGACAGCAUCAACGGCGGCAGCAGCAGCAACAGCAGUCGUGGACAACUGAUUAGAUCUGCGUCGGUAACGAAACCGACGGCCGAAACGACGCCUCUCGUUGGCACAGGGCGAGACAACAACCCUAGGAAGCUGCGCAAUGGUACAAAAAGCGUCGAUUAUGUGACGGUUCCGAGCAGCGUCCCGGUUAGUGGAGCGAACUCGGUCGACCUACUGCAAUCCAAGUGCGACUAUGCCAUCUGUAGCAGCUGCGAGUUUCAUUUCUGCAUCAAAUGUCGGUGCCAGUUCCACCCGGACACGGUAUGUCUCGAUCUGGCACCGAACUCGCCGAGCAAGGAGGAGGAACGCGGCCAGCGGAAUGUUGCCUGUAGUCGCCAGAGCCGCCGUUCGCUGCAGCGUUUGUGCAAAAGGUCGUAGACACCAAGCAAUGGCACCUUAAUUGUUAUCCUUGGCCACCAGUGGGCGUUUUUCUCUUGAUUUAAGGCAAACACACAAAAGCAAAUCCGAUGGCAGGCUCAUUCCGUGCGGGACGUGUGGAAAUCCUACCGUUACAGUGACAAGCAUACCCCAGUACCUCUCAGUAGUUAGUUAUAAGCGUGCGCGCGCCGGAAAAUGAUUCCAGUCAUUCCAGUUCCGUUCGAAUCUAUGUACGUUUUAAUGUGGCUUUAUUUUCUACUACCAUUUAUAUGCGUUCUAUUUCUUAGUAUGUAUUACAAGUAUCAUAUCAA